GCGCUGGCAGACGCGAGUAAGGAUUUUGGGUGGAGUGAGAAGGAGCUCCGGAAUAGAAUAGCAAUUUGGCGCGGUUACGACACCAUCCGAGAAGCGGGGGGGUGGGUGGCUCUGGCUUUUGCUGGCAUGGGCCUCUAUCGUUUCUGUAAGUACCGCCUGGGGUUCUGCACAAAGAACAUGACGGCACUGAGGAGACUCCGCUCGCGCUUCGAAGUCGCUGCCGAUACAAUCCACCCUUCAUGGCGCCAACUGCUAUCCGUAGUUGGAGAGCAGAGUACUUGCGUCUAUUCUGGACAUCCUUGCGACUGGGUUUGGAUACCGGAUUUCCGAUUCCAGCACCUGGAAGAGAGCAUAGUUGAUGAGCAUGUCUGGGGCGCGACGGAUCCGCGGACGGAAACUCAAAAAGAUCAAUAUAGGCUACCAGGACAGUUUCCUUGCCAAAAGCCAUUUGAUCGGGGUGUAGCGAUUGCCGAAUUCGUCGGUACAGUUACAAAGAACAUAAGUGACCUCGAUGUGAUGCAAACAGCUGGUCCAGGUGGUGAGUAUCAGAUCUGGCAGGGUCGCCAAGGGAACUACACUCGCUUCGUAAAUCACUCCUGUCAGCCAAAUUCCCAGUACGAACGUUUCUUCUGGCUUGGGUCCUUGCGGAUCGUGUUGGUGUCCAAAGGUAUCUCCGCUGGGGAGGAGAUUACAGUUGACUACUCCAACGAGUAUUGGAAAUACCUGGAAAAGGUCUGUCUGUGUGGUGAAAGUUGUUGUCGAUUCAGGAGGAGC